AUGCGAGUGCUGGCCGACGACCAAAACCUUGGAAAGAGUGUUGCACGCUAUGUAGAUACGGAUGUUGAGGUGGACGAUAGGUGUAACGGUAAAAGACAGGGUACUCAACGACACUGUACGUCCAUGUUCCGCGUCGUCCCGAUAACUGAGAAGAUAAAGGAGGCGCGACUUAGAUGUUUGUCACGUCUUGCAGCGAGAGGAAGAUUCUGCUGCCAAAACCGCUCCGAAGCUCGACGUUUCAGGACUGAGGCCGCAUGGGAGGCCAAAGAUUCACUGGUCGGACCGUGUGAAGCUGAAUAUGAUAGAUGUGCGUUUGUGUACGGCUGA